UCCAUCCCUCCCUCCCAAGCAAAGCAAAGGAUGCAAAGCCCCCCUUGUUGAUACUUUUUGUUACUCCCCGAUUUCCCCUCCCAGUAACUACGGGCCCGUUCUUACGCCCAGAGAUUGUAGAUCGCUAUCCCCAUUCUAGCUCGUACUCUGUGCUCGAGAGCCGUUAAUUCGCUCCCAUUUCCACUUCAUGUCUGUCCAUACCCUUGCUCGGUCAAUGAUCCACCCAUAACAUAUAACCCUUCCAGCGUUGCGGCGUUCUCACAUCCAGCAGCGUUCAUUCAUAUUUCUGGCUCGCUCCCCCGCGACCAAUUGAGCUUUUUCUAUUCAUUUCUUUCAGUCUUCCUUCUUUCUUUCCAGUAUACCCAGUCCGAAAAUUGCCCGCAGAGACGUAUUUCGCGACACAGCACUCCGUACGUCAACGUACUCAACCCAAGCCACUCCAGCAAUGGCUUCCCAGCACCCCAAUGACAGCUCGGAUAAGCUCCAGGCCGAGUUGACGAACAAUGAGGUUCUGUCCAUUGCUGCCAGUCAAGCGAGCGACGAACAGCGAACUCUUUGGCAGAAUGUCAAGAAAUAUCGCAAAGUCGUCGGGUACACAUUUUGCAUAACUUCAGCCAUUCUGCUUUACGGUUACGAUAAUGUGGUUGUCGGCACCGUCUCUGCAAUGCCCAUUUUCCAAAAAGACUUUGGUGUCGAGAACCCCGACUGGCAUAAAGGCAGCAGAUCUGACCCACGCUACAUCCUCCCCUCAGAUUGGUUGGCUCUCUGGAAUGUUUCGUCGCCAAUCGGCGCCAUGAUUGGUUCUAUACUCGGCGCAUGGUUGCAGGACCGCAUCGGACGCCGUAGGGCGCUCGCCAUCUCCAGCUUUCUAUCCGCGGUCGCUGUCGCUAUUAUGUACGUCUCGUAUCUGCCUGCAGAUGUCAAUGGCCGACGUGGAUGUUUUUUCGCCGGCAAAUUCGCCCAGGGAGCAGCUAUUGGCGCAGUCAUGGCUGCCGCUCAAACCUACAUGUCUGAAAUCCUACCACCCUCACUCCGAGGUCCUGGAAUGGCGUUCUUCCCCGUCUUUACUCUCCUCGGCCAAUUGACCGGUGCUCUGGUAAUCUAUGGCGCGCUGGAUCAAACCAACGGCUAUGCUGUUGUUUUUGGCUCACAGUGGCCAUUUUCUUUUGUGCCCAUUAUUAUCUCCUUCAUCGUCCCAGAGUCCCCCACCUGGCUAGUCCGCAAGCGACUUGUUGAUCAAGCUCUUGUAGCCCAAACACGCCUUGAUCCCCCCGGCACAGACUCCAAAGGCACCGUCAACAAGAUCCAAGCCGAUAUAGAGCACGAGGAGUCCAACUCGGGUGCUACCUUUAUGGAAUGUUUCCACAAACGAAACUUCCGCCGUACCUUCAUCGUCAUGUGGGCAAACUCAAUGCCGGCCAUAUUCGGUCUCCAGCUUCUGGCCAAGGCGAGCUACUUCUUGCAACUUGUUGGUAUGAAGCCAAAUACCAGUAUCAUCUUCCUGAUUCUCGGCAUCGUCCUCGGUCUCCUUGCCAACGCCGCCAGCAUUUAUGUCAUGUCGAGGAUUGGAAGGCGACCCUUGAUGAUCUCCACGCUCCUCAUCGCCUCCCUGCUUUGGAUGACAAUGGGAAUCGCCAACUGCUUUAAGCUCGUCCCCGCGGUUACCAAUUGGACCGCCGCUGCCAUGAUGAUCACCAUCGUUGUCUGUGGUGUAGGUGUAUGGCCUUGCUCCUUCGCUGUCGCCGCCGAAACCUCUUCGCUCCAGCUCCGCUCCAAAGCCCAAGGAAUUGGCUGGACAAUUUCAGCCUUCACAUCUGCUGUUGCCGGAAUCGCCUUGCCGUACAUCUUCAACCCUGAUCAGGGCAAUCUUCGUGGAAAGGUCGGCUUUACCUACGUAGGCUCCUGCCUGCUCGCUGCAAUUAUUACAUGGUUCAUCGUCCCAGAGAUGAAGGGAAGGACUGUCGCCGACAUCGACAGGAUGUUUGAACUAAAUCUCCCUGCUAGGCAAUUUAAGAACUGGAAGGCUUCGGAAAGGCAAGGUUCUGGUGACCAGCAACCUUGGGUCUAAGGGAUGUGGCUGGUUCAUGUCUUUUUUCCAUAUCCUUCUCACGCGUAAUGAGUCAUUGCCACGUUAGUUUUACAACCCCCUUUCCCCUUCGCAGCUGUUUCUAUCCAUCUGUACAUAUACAACGGCACAAGCAUGCCGGUUUGUCUUCUGCUCACGAGCCAAUGUUUGUUCAUUUCCUUCUCAUCAAUGGCGUAUCCAUGUCGAACAGUUUUUUUUCUUCUUCGAAAGUUCAUCAUACCCAUCUCGCUAUUUUACGCCUAGAAGUAUUUACUGCCCUGUUCUCCGAGUUUGGCAUGCGCGCGGAUCGAAUCCAAUGUUGGCAAAAGGUAGAGAAGCUAGCAAGAAACCAACAAUAUGUAUC